CCCGCCCGUCCGCUGCCCGUGCAGACGCUAAUGUCCCCCCCCCCCCCUCCGGGCGGCCACUCCUGGGAAGUUCUUUCCCGUUUGCGAGUCGGGUCCGGGCCAGUCGUUCUCUUCCUUGGUCAGCUCACUAGCAACCGCUAUCGCGUUCUGCACGUCUUCUCGGCCUGCUACAAGGUUGCGUGUGUAUGUGUGUGCAUGUGUGUGACGAAAAGAGAAAAAGAGAGAGGAAGGGAGAUAUAGUGUAGAAAGUAUAGCACCAUUUUAUGAGUAUAACAGGAAGGUAGCAGAAAAGUAAUGGUGUGGAUCUAGGCUCUCUAGAUUCUACAGAAAAAUAGUAACAGGAUCGCAACAAGCGUUAAAUAAGGAGAACAAGGUCCAGAAGCAAAACAGUACUGAAAAACAGCCGAGUAAACGUAGCAAAAGAAGUGAAGACAAAACGGAGAAAAGUAGCAAAUAAGUGUAAACCAAAGCAGAGAGAGCAGACAGAAGCAGAAGAGCAGGACACAAACUGAAGCUGGAUCACAGGAAGUGUCAAAGCAAAGGAUUGAGUAGCAGCAGCAACAGCAGCAGUGCGAACGGCGGUGGUGUUUGUGUGUGUUUCGCUUAUGGCCACCGUCGGUGAGAAGUGCCGCUUGCCAGUAGUGCUGCUGGCAUUGUUGUACUGCGACACCAUGACACUGUCUGCGGCGCCGGAGCCGCCCGUUUCUAACGGCUGGUCAAAGAAGCAGCAGCAGUUGUUCGAGAAUGACACGUGCGCAUUGCGCUCGGGGCGGUUGGGCGUUUGUCGGCGCGGCACCGAAUGUGACUGGGCGCGGAAUGGGCUGCGGCAUCAGACGCUGACGCACGCCGAGCUCGCGAUCUGUGGAUUCGACGGACCGGAUCCUAUCAUCUGCUGCUUCUCGGGCGAUUCACUACUUGAGCAGGGAGUGCGAUCGGCGAGGGAAGCUUGCGAUGGCUACGACGGGGUGCAGUCCGAGCUGUCAUUUCACAUCGUCGGUGGUGAGAAUGCGUACCGCGGUGAGCUACCGUUCGUCGCGGCGCUCGGCUACCGUCCGCCCACCGAUGGCGACAACGAUCCGGAACCUGCGGCCGAGGACGACUACCAGUGGGCCUGCGGUAGUAGCCUUAUCGCACCCACGUUCGUGCUGACUGCUGCGCACUGCAUCGAAACGGAUCACGGACGGCCGGUGGUGGUGCGGAUGGGUACGACCAACCUGAUUGCCCCCCCGAACCCGGCCGCUGUCCAGCAACGCAUGGUGAAGGAACACCACCUGCACCCGGCAUACCGGCGCCGGUACGCGUACCACGAUAUCGCCCUGAUCGAGGUGUCGGCCGGCUUCAUCUUCGACGAGGACGUCCGACCGGUCUGCAUCCAUCCGAGGGUGACUGAUCUCGCUACCUCGGUGCAGCUGAUGGCGGCCGGCUGGGGUGACGAUGGUCAACGGUCUCGGAUGCCGGACCGGUUGCUCCGGACCAACCUCGCCACCGUACCGCUCGACGAGUGCCGGGCACGGUUGCGUACGCUCGGCAUCCUACCGAGCUCCCACCUACCGGACGGUGUGCUCGAUCAGCAGUACUGUGCCGUCGGACGGCGGCUGGACGGUGUCACUGGCUACCACUCGGACACCUGUAGUGGCGAUUCGGGCGGACCACUCUACUACAUCGGUGAGCAGCCAUUGCAAAAGUACUUCCUCGCGGGCAUCACAUCGGUCGGGACCGGGUGCGGAUCCGGUACGCCCGCCAUUUACACUCGCCCCUACCACUACCUCGACUGGAUGGCCACCAUUGUGUGGCACACGGGCGCAAACACUAGCCGGUAAUAGAUGGUCGAAGAUUCGAGGAUUCAACAAACGGUUUACAAACAAAAUAAACAAUGAACAUAAGUAGUAGUGGUGAUAGCAGUAACA